AUGAACUCUCACAAUCCCAAGUAUCAGCACCAGCCGCCGCCUCCGCCUCCACCCCAACAUCCGUCCCAGCAUCAACUCCCACUCCAAGGCACGCCGGGCGACAUGCAUCAACAACUACCGAACCCGUCCGGAUCCUCAUACUCUUUCGGCCUGCCGAGCACUAUUCCAGCUAACGUGGGUGUGCGUCUGAACGUAUACGGCGGCGAGCAAUACGGUGCGAUACCCCCGCUGGGUCACCCCGCCACCAUCGCCGCGGCCACGACGGCCUCUCACAAGGACGUCGCCCAACCCUCGGCCGAAGAACUUACCCGAACCAACGACGCCCUCCGGCCCUCGUCUGUGGUACUAUAUGGCCGGCGAUACGACGAUAUUGAUUACAGCAUGUUCGUAUUGAACGUCGAUCUGUGGACCGAAAAUGCGCUAGGUGAGGUCAACCUUGUGCGACAUACAACCACGACGCCCUCCAUAUCAUCGACUACCCCAGCGUCCUACGUGCAGGUUGAGAACUUGCCGGCCUACCCCUCCAAUAUAUUACCAUCCAGCCGCGACACUGGGUAUCCCGGUCAGGGCUACGGCCCAACAAGCAUGAGCCCCUAUGGCGCUUCGGGGCCGUAUGCCCAUGGACCGGCAUACGCGCCAAAUCCGAACGGAGGCUAUGCCCCGCCCACACAAUACUAUCCGCCGCAUCAAGUUGCAGAAUACAGGACUGAUACGGCGGGCAUGUCGCCUCUAGGCCCCCAUCCACCCAUACCCUAUGGCGUCCCUCGAUCCUCAUGGGAACUUAGCCAGAUGGAGAUGGCACAACGCAUGCCCGGGGGUGCCAACCAGCCGCAAGGCAUGUUCACCAGGAACCUCAUUGGAAGCCUGGCUGCCAGCGCUUUCAGACUCACCGACCCUGACGACAAGAUCGGCAUCUGGUUUGUCUUGCAGGACCUCAGCGUCCGUACCGAAGGCUCUUUCCGACUACGCUUUUCCUUUGUCAACGUCGGCCCGCAACCAAGCGACGCGAACGGAUCGUCGUCAGACCAGGGUGGUCUGCUCAACACUGGUAAGGCGCCGGUGCUGGCGUCGUGCUUCAGCGACAUAUUCCAGGUUUACUCGGCCAAGAAGUUCCCUGGGGUCUGCGAGAGCACUCCCCUCAGCAAAUGUUUUGCCUCUCAGGGAAUUAAGAUCCCGAUUAGGAAAGAAGGAGCCAGUAGUUCGAAGAACGGUGGUGAUGGGGAUGAUUUCGACGACUAA